UUAGCAUACAACAACCAUUAGUACUUCUUGUUGAUGAUAUUUUGUUGCUCAGCUGCAAGUGCAACAAUGGAGGUCGCCAAUCUCUUCAGAGCCGUUAAACCCUUCAAUUUCAAGCUCCCAAAACCCACACCUCUAAGAUUCUCCUCCGUUUCGUCAGCCUCCACAGUUCACAGAGGUAAUGAUGGAAAGCGCGAGAGGGCGUAUGACGGAUUGUUAUUGGACGCCGGUGGCACGUUGCUGCAAUUGGUGAAGCCGGUCGAAGAAAUUUACUUGACCAUCGGCACAAAAUAUGGUUUGCAGACUACUGCAGCUGAUAUAAAGCAAGGUUUCAGAAGGGCUUUCUCUGCAACAUGGCCUCAGAAACUUCGAUACCAGGGUGAUGGGAAGCCAUUUUGGAAACACGUCGUUUCUGAAGCCACUGGCUGCGACAGUGUGGACUAUUUUGAAGAAGUGUACGAGUACUAUGCCAAUGGUGAUGCUUGGCAUCUUCCUCAAGGAGCUCAUGAGACUAUGGUAUCCCUGAAAGAUUCUGGAGUAAAACUAGCCGUUGUCUCCAACUUUGACUCUCGCCUGAGGAAGUUACUCAAGGACCUCAAUGUAUUACAUCUGUUCGACGCCGUCAUCAUUUCAUCUGAGGUUGGAUACGAAAAACCGGAUGAGAAAAUAUUUAGAGCAGCUUUAGAUCAAAUCUGUGUAGGGACGAGCAGAGCAGUUCAUGUCGGAGACGAUGCAACGGCCGACAAAGCAGGGGCUAAUGCUGUCGGAAUUGACUGCUGGUUAUGGGGGAAGGAUGUGAAUAGCUUCUCAGAUAUACAAAAUCGCAUCCUCAAAUCGGAGCCCUAAAAUCACACUGUGCAAGCUUGCAGGGAAACGAGAGCGUUGCAGUCCUAACCCGGGCAACGAGUCAGCUUGUAUCCCCGUUUUUCCUUUUGAACUUGUGAGACAUUGGUCAAGAGAGUUGAAAAAUAGUAUAGAAUGUGAUCUAGCAGAGGAAUAAGUUUCUUAACUUAGCCAUACUCUUGUGGUGUAUGUAUAAUGCAAAUCCUAAAUUAAAUAAAAUGCAGAAAUCAGUUGAGAAAUUGGUUGCUGCUUCUUGUUCUUCCUA